GAUCUGCAGCUGAAACGCUCGAGUUUUUGGAAAAAAAACAAAGAUAAAGUAGUGAUUAUUUCUCGAUGCCGCAAAAAGUGAUGUAUUUGCAAGCAGUAUUUGUUUGAAGUGCGACUACAACUGUACGUUUCAUCGUUAUGUUUAAGAGAGACUCGUUAAGAAGAAAAUACUCACUUUUGAAAAUGAUAGUUUGAUCGACUAUUAUCAACCUCUUGUUCGGAUAUAGAUCUUUAUAUAUAUUUUAUAUAUAUAUAUAUAUAUAUAUAUAUAUAUAUAUAUAUAUAUUCUUUUAUAAAUGUAUCGUUUUAUAUGUAUUUAUAUAUGCGGGGUUUUGCAAAAAAGAUGAAUUAAUUCGUUGCGAGGAAAGUUGGUUUCUUUCUAGAUAAAGGAAUGAAGUAAGUAAGCCGUAUGUACGGACUUGAAGUAAUAGCAUUGGAUUACCGUGCGUGACCAAGGGAACACCUCGUUUGCACGCAUCGGGUUUCAACCGGUAAUGAAAUUAUUUACCUUUCCCCAGAGGAAUUGACAUUUUGACUUCUCCGAUAGUCAGUACAUCGUACAAUGUCCAUCGAGAAAGAAUCUUCCUCGACGAGAGAACAGGAAAGUUUGAGAGGCAUAGAUCGUGUAAGUCUGACAUUUCGACCCUUGGAUAUGACAGAUUCGGAAACGAAAAGAGAUGGUUUUUUGAGCGUAACCAGAGAGCAAACUUAUGAGACAUCUUCUGACGUUACGUUCAAGGAAAAAACGAGGAGAUCAAAACGAAACGAGGAAGCUUCAAGACUUGGUGAACUUAGGUCUAUUAGUUUGGAUGAGGUUGCUUGGCACGAUACGCCGAACAAUUGUUGGAUUAUAAUAUACGAUUACGUUUACGAUUGUACCGAGCUAUUGAAGACUCAUCCGGGUGGACAAGAUGUUCUUCUUGAAUACGCUGGAAGGGAUGCCACGCUUAGUUUUAUUGGCGCCGGACACUCGAAAAUCGCACAAGAUAUUCUCAAACGAUAUCUCAUCGGUGAGCUUCCAUUUAAGCAGAGAAUCUUUCGUAUACCAAAUGGCGUUAAAGUAAAUGGAUUCUAAAUUAUUAUUCAUUUCAUCAAUUUUGUUCGUUAUAACGAUUCUAUUUCUUUUUCGUUUUUUUUUUUUUUUUUUUUUUUUUUUUAUACAUGAACGUACGUUCCUACAAACGCAUAUUCUUAUUUAUUUCUCAACAUUAUUUAAAUCUUUUUUUUCUUUUCUUUGAGAUUGCUAAAGUUCGCGUACUGAAAGAAAGAAAGGAUCGAAAGAGAUUGCUCGAAUAAUAUGUUCGAUGCAAAUUAACUAGAUUAUAAUGAAACUUAUGAUCGCGACAUUUUAUAUUUUAUUACAUCGUCUCGAUAAUCAGUGAGUUGAAUAACCAUUGUAUUUUUUUAAAAGUCCAUGAACUUUGGAUUGGUGACAAAUUAUUGAUUUUCUUUUUUUUUUUUUGUUUUUGUUGAAGUUGUCUGAAUAAAAGUUUUUGUAGCGUUCAGCUAACAUUGAUUCUAUUUUACUUUAUUGGAGUUGAAUUUUUUUUUCUAUAUGGUAUACAUUGCUACAAAGUUCAAGACUUAUCGCAAGUUUUUAUGUUAGAUAAAUUACGAAAUGAAAAUUCAUUCAUUUUUGCGACCUCAGUAAUCAUUCUCGGCGAUCAUUCUUAUUUUAUGUAAGUACGUACAUUUAUGUACUUAUUAUACGUACUUAUUUAUUUUUUUACAAACACUGUAACCUCAAAUAAUCUUAUACUUGCCAUGUUAACCGUAUCAGUUUUAUAUUGUAAAUUGUAAUUAGAAUAUAUGUAACAAGUGACGCAAGACAAUCACUGUCGUUUCAAAAAGAUGAAAUAAAAAAUAUACACCUUAUCCUAAUUUUUAUCUCUGCACAUCUGUUCCUCAGAGCAACAUAGUAAGCAAUACAUCUAUAUGUACGCAUAAAGUGAUUAUAUCGCAAAUAUAACUUUGUUGUAAGAGAUGGUUAGUCAUGUUUCUUAUUUAUCCUAUAUUUUUGCGUGAUAGGAUAAAAAGAUGAAGAUUCGAUGUAUUAAAAUAAAAAUACAAGACAGUCGAUCUUCACAUCGGUAUAUUAUAUUUCUUGGUCCUCUAAACAUUCAUAAUAUACAGAACAUACAGUAUGGAUCGUACGAGCAAUAUAGUUCGAUUUCUUGUUAGCACAUUAUGUUUUGUUCUUUCUUCUUUUUUUUUUUUUUUUUUUCUUAUAUCGGCAGAUAACUAGUUUAGCUUUCGUUUUGUUUAUUUUUUAUUUCUCGCUUUUUUUUUUUUUUUUUUUAAGAGGGUGGGUUUCUUUUUUAUUUUAACAUUUAAAUGUGAAAUCGUAGACAUUUAAUUUUCUAUUAAUGCACAACAACUGAUUUUAAUGUAAAAACAUAGUUUCCUCAUCCAUUCGAAAAAUUUUACGAGAAACGAAAGAUAUUAUUUAUUAUACAAAAAUAUAAAUAUUCUGUAUACAUUUCUCUUCUCAUGCACUGAUAAAGAUUGAAACAAGUUUUAUCAAACUUUCGUUCUUUUCUUUCCUUUUUAUUUUUUUUUUGGUUUAACUGUUUUUUCUUUUUUUUUUUUUUAAUAAAGUUAUGCCUCACUGACAUUUAAUAUACAAUCGACAAAAAAUGAUUUCGUUUAAAGUUUCAAAAUGCGAAUUAUAGACUUAAUAGAGAUAAUAAAAUAACUUAAAUACAAAUCGGAUUUAUUUUGACGUUUAAUUCAUCGCUAUGCAUACAAGAAUAUCUAAAGUCCAUAUCUCUAUACGUCUUUCGCUUUCUUCGAAAAUACUUUAUACUAUCUUUCUACUUUUAUCGAUAUCGAUAGACUACGUGAUAAUUGUUUCGUAAAUACUUAAUUUCCGUUCGAACAUGUCGUAUUAUUUUAUAUCAAUUGAAAUACAAUUAAAAUCUUCCUUUUUUUUUUAUCUUUUAUCUUCUUUAAGAUAUAUAAUUUGUACGAAGAAAAAUUUUUAUCAAGAAAAAGAAAAUAAAUACACAUCUAUGUAGAUACUUUCGUCUCUAUUUUUCUAUUAAAUUAAUUUUUUCUUUAUUUUAUUAAAGCUCGAUCGAGAGACGAUAUGCGUUUAUCGUUAAGAAUAUUUAUAAUAAAUUGACAAUCGUCAAGCUUCAAACAAAUACUUUCAUUUCAAACAUCAUUCUCCCUCUCUCCCUCCCUCUCUCUCGCUCUCUCUCUCUCUCUCUCUCUCUCUCUCUCUCUAUCUUCAAUAUUUAAAUGUACACACAAAAUGAUCUCAGCUCAGAGAUAGUAAUUUUUCAUAUUGACUCAUUUAACUACUGCAAAUUCCUUAAUAAGUCGUAUAUAAAUAUGAUCUACGGGUAAUGCGAUUUUGAUGUUCAUUAAUUCUAUUAUAUCGAAAAUUAUUAAAUUCCAGUCGUUUAGCGUGGAUAUUUUUCUCCGACAUUGAAACUUAGAAAUAAUUGAAUUUGUUAUUUUUACGUAGGUAUUAUUGCCGGGGGUAUUAUAAACAUUAAAUACAUCUUCAUUAAAAAAUAAAUUAAAUGUAAAAUACAAGUAUAGUGACCGCUUAAUAAUUACACAAAUGAAUGAUCAGUCAUUGUUAUAAAUUUUAUAAAUAUACAGAAUUAAAGUUGACUGCAGAAACGGAUUAACUUUUUAAGUUAAGCAAGAUAAGGGAAACAAUGUUUAAGUAAAAUAGCUCAUUCUUUUUUAUGUAACAUUUUUCGAAUGGUAACUUGAUAUUGACGUUACUAGUUUAAAUGAUAACGUGAAAUUAUAUUUAUCAAUAACAUUAGAAAGCUGUAUUAAGAAAUGAUCGUACUGGAACAGAAGAAUAACAUAAUCACAAAUAUUAGUAAAAUUAAUUUAAAACAUUUUACAUGUUUACCUGUUUAAUAUAUACAAAAUACAUUAUCCGUGAUUACUUUGAAGUAGUAUUAUUUUGCGAGAAAUUAAUUUAUUCGUCAUAAAAUGGACACAUGAAACAUAUUUACACAUAUAACUAUAUUUAUACCUUCUAUUUUCCAGUGUAUGUGGACGUCGUGAACAAUGCGAUUAUAAUAAUCACGUUCACAGCAAUCGACAGAAUGAUACGUUUACACGAUUUUCAUCAUUCAAGAUUAAAGAUUGUUAUUAAUUAUUAUUUGUUAUUUUCCUUUUUUUUUAUCAUAAAGCAUGCGACUUCUUUCUACUACAUUUAUUAUAAUUACUUCUUUCAAUGUACUUUUGAACAAGUAUUAUGAGCUCGAAUAAUACAGUUAUACGUUGAUAUAUAGUAUUUUUUUCGAUAAUCGAAACAUCAACUUUCAUAGUUAAAAGUCCUGAAAUUUAGAGAAGGGAUUUAAAAACUUUUAGAACUUUUGCGCUCUUGGCAGUUCUGGGUUUUUCUUCAUAAAUAAAUAUAUAUAUAUAUAUAUAUAUAUAUAUAUAUAUAUAUAUACUCAUGCACUGAAUAUUGAAAUUCUCUUGGAUUUAUUAUUAUUAUUAUGUAUUAUUAUUAUCAUCGUCAUCACAAAUGUCUCACAUCUUUUAUGACGUCAUGGGUUGCGAUCAAGUCAGGUAUUAUUUUACAACUGCUUUUGCUAAUUUUUUUAACUAUGAAAAUGAGCAACACGAUAAAAUGAAACCAAUGUAUUUCUGUGUUUAUAAUAAAGUGUUUAUAAUAAAGUAUUGAAGAGAAUCGUGAGGAAGGCGGUGUCCACUAGCGAUGCAACUAAAAAGAAAAAUGUUCGUUUCUGUUAGCAAAGAUAACCGCGCUCGAGGGCAUUCGGCUAGCCACGGGAAUUUCCCUGAUAAGAACGAAGUAUUUUUCAAUAGUGAGAAAAAAAUAAUAUGUCAAAACAAUGCAGUAAUUUUUAAUGUAAUUAUUAAUAUUUAAUAUUAUUAUAAUAUUUUUUAUAUUAAUAGUAAGUAUAAACUAUAGAAGCUUUGACAAUGACAUUUGACAUUUUGAAGAAACAUAGUACGCUAUAAUAUCUAGUUUCUCGUUGCUUUUCUCUUGACUAUAAACAAGCACAAUAUCGCUCUACUAAUCUCGCAAUUCUCCUCAUCACUUUACUAUAAUCCCGUACUAUUGCUGUUGUUUCCAACAGCAAUAAUGACUUUUUGAAUGUUUGCUUUUGUUCAACCCUAAGAUCGUCCUUGUGUAUUUUGUCAUUUUUUUUCUUAGAUGUUAUUUUUGUGUGCCAUUUGCGUCAUUUGCAGAGUUUAUCAGGCAGAUACUCUCUUCCUUUUUUUUUUAUUAAUUAAUGUGAUGCCCGCUAUAUUAUUUAUUAUUAUACUGUUAUAGCUUUGUGAAUUGUCUUGUAUCAGUAUGGUUUGUAUUCUUCGUCUUCAAGUAUAUGUUCAGAUUUGCAUUUUUAAUACGAUAGUUUGUGUGCGUUUUUAUAAGUUGAUAUUUUAGUGCUAGUUCUUGAUUAUUAUUAUUAGUAUUAUUAUUACUAUUAUUACUAUUAUUGUUAUUAUUAUUAUUAUUAUUAUUAUUAUUAUUAUUAUUAUUAUUAUUAGUGCUACUACUAUUAUUUUUCUUAUUCUUAUUAUAAUUGUAAUUAAAAUUGUAAUAUUCGUGUAUUUAUAUUCAGUAACAAGUUCGCCUCUUUUAAAAAUAAUUCACGCACAUCGUCUCAUGAAACAGAGCGGUUAUACUUAGUGUGCGUUUAGACAUGACACGACCAAUCGUAAUAAUCGAAUCGCAAAAUGGUAUUAUCUAUAGAUAUACUUUUCGAUAAUAUAUUUGAAGCACUGUUAUAGAUUUCUAAUGAUUUAUACGUAUUUAUUAAUUUUUGUGAAUAUAUUUUUAAGGUAUCAUCAUCGAUAUCGUAAAAGCAAAAGAAAGAAGGCCAGAUUUAAUGAACGUCACGCGUCUGACAAAUCGAAUAAUCAGACCUGAAAAAUAAUUUUACUUAGUUUUACGUACAUACGAUAUGAUAAUAAGUAUAAUAAUAUCUAAUUAUUAUACUUAUUAAAAUAAAUGGUCUUUUAGAACGUUGAAGAAUUAUCGGCAUUGCACGGAUCUAGAUAUAUUCAGGGAUAAACAAAAAUUUUAUAUCUGUCGUGAAAUUGUAGGAUGAUGAAUAAUUUAGAUUUUUCAUUUUAACUCUGAUCGAUUAUGUUCUAAUUGAUUAGUCAUAUAGAUAUCAGAUUCUACGAAAGUAAGAUAAUAAUUAUUUUUAUUAUUUUUUAUUUUUUAUUUUUACGAUCAUUAUAUGACAAAUCGUAAGAAUAUAUAGUACGUGAUCAUUAUAAUAAUUUACAUUUCUUUAAUCAUUUUUAAACUUCCAAGAUAUCAACAUUCUUUUUUUUUCGUACCUUUAACGGUACCUAAUCGAUUAAAUAAUUCAAUAUACACAGCAACAAUCUUUUAUCUUUCAUAUUUCCUUCCUCGAAUUGUUUUCAUGAAUUCUAUAAUUGUGAAAUGCACUAUUUCUACGUAUAACACAACAUCCACAUUGAUUUUUACAUUGCUACUUUCUGUUUUUUAUUUGCCAAUUCGAUAAAGCUACACAUUAAUAUUAUUCAUUUCAUAAAACGUUUAUUAUUUCUUAUACUCUUAUGAUAUACGUUGCACACACAUAUACGUAUUCUUAUCGAGUAUUUUUUUUUUAUAAUCCGAUUAGAGACUAUUCUCAUUAAUGAUGAAAAGAUUACAGAUUUUUAUUCCGGAAUCGAUUCGAAAGCUUUCCCGGCUUAUUAAAUAGAUAUUAGCAAAAACUCAGCUAUCUCGUAUCGAUUUUUUCGUUGGGCGAAAUCAGAAUUGGCAUAUAUAUAUAUAUGCAUAAUAUAAUAUAAUUAACGUAAUAUAUAAAUAAAUAUAUAUAUAUAUAUAUAUAUAUAUAUAUAUAUGUGUGUGUGUAUAAUAAGAAGGAAGGUAGACGAACUGAAAAAGGAAUUUUUUCUAUCUCUCUCAUUCUUUUCUCUCCUCUUUUUUCCCGUAAAUAUUACCGACUUUCCACGAUCAUGAACAAACGAAUUAAAAGGGAAAGUGAAAAAGUAAUAAGGUUAUUAGCCAGUAAAACGUCGUCGCCUACCAUUUUUAAUCUUAAGGUUUCUAUUUUAUAAUGAACACAGAAUAUUAUCAUUUCAGAGAUUAGUACUAAUUUUCUUUUCUUUCUUUUUUUAAUUUGAAGUAUUACAAAUGAAUACGAACGCGUUUAUUCAAUAUCGGUUCGAAAAAUGAACCAAGAUAAAUAUUGAUAAUUGUUGUUGCGACGUUUUGAUUUCGAUCUGCGAAAGUUUUAUACAAAGAAAAAAAAAAAAAAACCAAAAAAGAACAUAUAAGAGAGAAGCAGUAUAAACGAAUAAAUUCUGGAAAGGAAAUAAAUAAUGUUGUACGAUAAAAAUCCUUCAGCGUACGAUAAAGAAUGUAUGAUAAAAAAUUUUUACGAUAAAAUGUACGCACGUAACUAGGUAACAACAUCGAUUUUUUUAAGUUAUUAUUUUUAUCAUUUCUAUUAUUUGAAGUACACUAAAGUAGUCACAGAAGUUUAAAGUACAUAAAAUAUAAUGUUUAUCGAUUUGAACAAAUUAGGCCACGUUCUUAGAACGAAUAUUGAGAGCUUCAUAGACCGUUUUUCGUGCUUUACUAUCUAUUAUAUCGCAUUUAUAAAAACGCUCGUUUUUAUUGGUGAUUUAUAUUAGAAUUGAAACCUGAUGUUACGAAUGUAAUAGACGAAGCUAAUAAAAAAUAAUGUACACUUAUUUAAAAACUAAUCUACACAUAUAAAUAUGAGCAUGCAUAUACACAAUAAAUACUUGUUUAUAACUCGUAUUGAAAUACUUGAUAAUAUACAAUAUGUAUAGACAUUUUUGUCUGGGAUCUUCUAUAUGUUGUACGAAUAUAGUUUUUAUAUGUCAAUCAUUGUUACCUAGUUAGAAAAUCGAAGAACGAAAUACAUUAUAUCCUCGAAUAAUUCAGAGAAAUAAGUGACUUUCUGUUUAAGGUUAUUGAACGUUAUUCCGAAUGAAAAUACUCUUUUGUUUUUUCUUUCUUCACUAUAGGCGAUUUUAGAAAGUAAUUGAUCGAUCGAUAGAUCAAUGAUAGAUAUUCGUUAAUAUAACUCAAUGAUAUAUGCGAUAAGAACAAUUAUGAAUUUUUUUUAUACUUAUGUCUUUGAAUCUUCGUCAUCUCGAAGAGUAAAAAUUACGUUCGAGACUUUUGGUCUUGUAACAGGUUUCCUUUUGAAAGUCUUCUCUUACAUUAGGCUACAAAAAGCUACUCCAUGCUCGAACAUAGAUGUUAGUGCCGUUGUUUCCAUGCAAAAAGCACCAUCUUCGUACAUCGUUG